CAAAGGAGGACUACUGACUAAUACAACUUGGAACUUGGAAGAAGAAGUAAGCUAUCGUGCGCAUGCAGCGCAUCUGCUCCAAACACCUUUAAUAAGAAAUUUCCGCCGGGAAGAAAAGUCUGCCCUCUGCCUUCUUAAGCCUAAAGCUUCGCCACCAACCAUACGUAUAAGAAGAUAUAGUCAAAAUCCUCCCUACCCUUCUUCUUCUCCUUUCAUCGGAAGAAGAUUCAACCACACUCAGUCUUCUCUCUCUCUCUUUUGUUUUGGAAAAAGUGUGGUUUGUGUUGUGAGAGAAGAGCGUAAUGAGCUGCUUUGGUUGUUGUGGUGGUGACGAUUUUCGUAGAGUUGCUGAAACUGGUCCUAAGCCUGUCUACGGCGCAGCAGGUCACGGUGGAGUUCACCAUGCAAGGACAGACCCGCCCAAGAACACGCCAGUCAUUCAGAUGCAGCCCAUCUCUGUGCCGGCUAUUCCAGCUGAUGAGUUGAAGGACAUAACCGAUAACUAUGGUUCAAAGUCCUUGAUUGGUGAGGGCUCUUAUGGAAGAGUGUUCUACGGUGUUCUUAGAAGCGGCAAGGCUGCUGCCAUUAAGAAACUUGAUUCCAGUAAGCAACCUGAUCAAGAGUUUCUCGCCCAGGUAUCAAUGGUUUCGAGAUUGAGACAAGACAAUGUUGUUGCACUUUUGGGAUAUUGCGUUGAUGGCCCACUCCGUGUGCUCGCUUAUGAGUUUGCUCCUAAUGGCUCUCUUCAUGAUAUUCUUCAUGGUAGGAAAGGAGUGAAAGGAGCACAGCCAGGACCUGUUCUGUCGUGGAACCAGAGAGUUAAAAUAGCGGUUGGUGCGGCUAGGGGACUGGAGUACUUGCAUGAGAAGGCGAACCCUCAUGUUGUCCACCGAGACAUCAAAUCCAGCAAUGUUCUUCUGUUUGACGAUGAUGUUGCCAAGAUUGCUGAUUUCGAUCUCUCCAACCAAGCCCCUGACAUGGCUGCUCGCCUUCACUCCACUCGUGUGCUGGGAACCUUCGGUUAUCACGCUCCAGAGUAUGCAAUGACAGGAACAUUGAGCACAAAGAGUGAUGUGUAUAGUUUUGGGGUUGUUCUGCUAGAGCUCCUCACAGGUCGUAAACCAGUUGAUCAUACCUUACCCCGAGGACAACAGAGUCUCGUUACAUGGGCAACUCCGAAACUGAGUGAAGACAAGGUGAAGCAGUGCGUUGAUGCAAGACUAAACGGAGAAUAUCCUCCCAAGGCUGUUGCCAAGCUGGCAGCUGUAGCUGCGCUAUGUGUGCAAUAUGAGGCAGACUUCAGGCCAAACAUGAGCAUAGUGGUGAAGGCUCUUCAGCCUUUGCUCAAUCCUCCUCGCUCUGCUCCUCAAACUCCUCACAGGAACAACCCCUAUUGAUUUGAUAUCCUCCAAAUCUGAUGCCACGCUUCAUCAUAUCCACUAUUUCAUUUGUUUUUGUUUGAAUACAAUUUGUGUAAAUUCCUGAAAAUAGGCGUUUUAUUUCUUUCAUUUAAAAAAACCUGAAAUGUUGCUCUACUUUUUUUUUUAUAUUAUUUCAUGCCUGCGAUGUAAGUUUCUACUAAUUAUUAUACAAUAUGUGAGGAAUGAAUAUCUAUUUAUACUACUAA